AUAUAUAUCUCAUAUUGUCAGUGAAUUUAUUUCCGCUGUGUUCUGGUUCAUAACCCAAUGUGUUUUCCUCUUCAGCUAGCUGUGUAUCCUAAGCUUCUUACCCUAAUUUAGCUUCAGCUAACUUAGAGAUAGCUAGCUACUCCUCCAAGCGUUUGUUUGUUAUUCAAGCCUCUUAUACGAACAGUUAAAUGUGGUUAACGGUAGUGUUCGUUACCACAUAAAAGAUCUAACAGCAUUCCCUUCACAUUGUUUAGUAUAUUAAUUCAUGAUACACGAGAAAGCGAAGUGUCUUAUGACUAAAUGCUAACAUUAAAGUUUGCUAUGUAGCUCUAUAAUGUUAUCCCUGUUAAAUCAAUGCACUAUGUUCAGGAUAACGUGAACGUCACCUACUUAUUUACUUAGCUAACGUUAUCUGAGUUAGCUAGAUAUGCAAACGUUACUUAGUCAUCGAUGCCUUUUUCAUACUUUGGGUAUAUCGAGUGUAGUAUUAUUUGUAAUCAGUGUUCUGUUAGGUGGUGUAACGUUAAUUAGCUAUCCCAGUCAUAAAGUUGCUAUUUGUUUGUGCGCUCUGUAGUUAAUGUGAGUUACCUAACCAAGGGAUAAUGACAUACACUGAAUUAUCCAUGGUAGCGAAGAUUCUUGGAUUUCGUUGCAGUAUGGUUGGCCUUGUAUUUGAGAAUGCCGGUUGAGCUUGAGAUGAAAGAAAGGCUUGAUGUAGUCUUUAAGAAGUAUGACAUUCCUCCUGUGGUGAAGAAGAAGGUGAAAAAGAAACCUGAUGAGCUCCAGGAAAAUAUUGUGCUUGAAACCUUAAAGAAAAACCUUGAUUUGACCAAAGGCACAGAGGACCAUGAGACCAUCCUCCAUAACACUUUCGACCCAGCACAGGGCAGCCCUCGCUUUACCAAGAACAAGCGCCGGGAGUGGGAGGUGUCCGAGAAAGCCAACGUCAGCAGCAGCAGCGCCCACGGCCAACCCGUCCUCACCAGAGUCAAGAAGAAGAGCAACAAGAGGAACUUGCCAGUACCUCCCAGCCAUGAUGUAGCCCGGGUCAGCGACCAGGACGACUGGAAUACCAGGAGGUCAGAGUUGAACGCAGCUCAGGUGUACGAUGAGGGUGGUAAAGGGAAAGGCAAACAAGCGAAGAAAGGGAGGAUCAAAGGAGAAGAGGGGGCGAGAGGAGGGGUGGAUGCAGACGAUGAGCUCCUGCAGGAGUAUCAGCAGCAACUCAGCCAGGAGGAGGCGCUCUCACUGAGAGCAGCAGCAGGCCCCAGCUUUAACACCAGAGCAGAGGGCCUGCUAAACAACGAGCUGGGCAAGAAGAGGAAGAAGAAGAAACAGCUGAAGUCGACUGAGGGGGAGAUCAGUGCCCUGCAGGAGGAUGCCCAGGAGAGCAGGAAGCCUUGGCAGUCUGACCAGGAGGUUACCGAGGCCGACGUAGAAUCGCUCAAGGCCAAAGGCAAGAAGAAGAAGAAAAGAAAAGAAGUACUGACCGAGGAUAGCCAGACAGAGAUCGAUCUCCCCGCACGUUCCAUGUUUGAUGACAGCCUGGUGCUGGGAGUCUACAUUCACCGCUCUGACCGGCUGAAGACAGACCUGCUGGUGUCUCACCCCAUGGUGAAGGUCCAUGUGGUGGAUGAAGCAACCAACCAGUAUGUGAAGAAGGAGGACGCGAACCGGCCAGUCUCCUCCUUCUAUGAGCGUGACAGCGUGGACCACAUCCUGCCCAUCAUGACUCAGCCCUUCGACUUCAAGAAGCGGAAAUCCACCGUACCUGAGUGGGAGGAGCAGAUCAUCUUUAACGAGCGCUUUGGCUACCUCCUGCAGGAAGAGCGUGAGGCGCCGAGGGUAAUCCUGUUUUUCGAGAUCCUGGAUUUCAUGAGCAUGGAGGAGGCAAGAGCUCAUACCAAUGCUGAUCAGCAUGAACGAGGAUUCAGAAAAAUAGCUUGGGCCUUUUUGAAGCUUGUAGGAACCAAUGGAGUCAUGAACAUUGAUAGCAGGCUGAGGCUGCAGCUCUACAGUGUUCCCCCCAGGGCCAAGAAGAUGCCCAACACCAUUGAGGUGGUGGAGUGGUGGCGGAAAUUCCCCAGGACAAGAUACGCCUCCACCCUCUACAUCACUGUGAAAGGUCUCAAGCUCCCUGACCAUGUGGAUCCCAGCAUGCGCUCCAUGAUGGCCCUACAACAGGAGCGAGGCAGCACCUCCUACAGUGAGCUGCAGAGUGAGAUCACCAGGCGGACCAACAACCAGCUGCUGGACAGCAAACACAACAUCAUCAAAUGGAAUCGCCUGCCUGGACAGGUGUGCCGGAUUCCCAACAAGCCCAUGCUGGCGUUCCGAGGGGGACAGAUGGGCUGCUUCACCCUGCGCUUCUCCCACGACGGCCUCAUGCUGGCAGCCGCCUGUGCAGACAAAGACGCCUACCCUGUCGUUGUGUAUGAGAUUCCUUCUGGCAAAGUCCUGACUUCCUUCAAUGGCCACCUGAGCCUCGUGUAUGACCUGUGCUGGUCUAAAGAUGACUGCAGUCUGCUGUCUACAUCCUCAGAUGGAACCGUCAGGUUGUGGGAUGUCGAGAGGUUUGAGAGCAUGGCUCAGAAGAUCCUGCCCCACCCCUGCUUCCUCUACUGUGCCCAGUUCCACCCCUCGGCACAGAACCUGGUGGUGACGGGUGGCUUUGACUGCCUGCUCCGGGUUUGGGACGUGGAUGUGGAGGAUGUCAACGGCCACCUUCUGACGGAGUGUGAGGGCCACAAGGCCUUCGUCAAUGCCCUGUGUUUCGACCAAGAAGGGUGCCGGAUGUUUUCUGGGGACAACGCAGGCGUCAUCAUAGAGUGGAAUGUAACCGUGGGUGACAAAUCCAGCCAGUUUCCAACUCGCUUCUGGAGAAUUGAGAGGGAGAUCAAAGAAGCUGACCUGGAAGGAGUCCCCAUCAACAGUCUAGAAGUGCACCCCAAUGGGCGCCGUCUCCUCAUCCAAGCCAAAGACAGCACCAUCCGUAUUAUGGAUUUGAGAUUACUGGCAGUGAAGAAGUUCACUGGUGCUACAAACUACCGGGAGAGGAUUCAGAGCACCCUUACGCCCUGCGGUAGCUUCAUCUUCUCUGGGAGCGAGGAUGGCCUGGCCUACGUGUGGAAUGCCGAGACUGGGGACCAAGUGGCGGUGUACUCUGAGCUCAGUUAUCCCACUGCUUUAAGGACUGCCGUUUUUCACCCGUAUGAGAACAUGGUGGCUUUCUGUGCCUAUGGCCAAAGCCAGCCCGUCCACCUGUACCUAUAUGACCACAAAGUGGCCCAGCUGGAGGUGGAGGGCAUGAAGGCCCUGAGAAAAACGGGUCCGGCGGACAACAAGAACCUGGCGGCAUUCGAGGACCCCAGCGCCUCGGCCAUGGACCGCUUUGCCAGCGCCGCGCGAGUCUCCCUCAAGCUGCAGCGUCUUCAGGAGACACUGGACUCUGUUCGGGAGCCAUAUCGAAACACAGCUGGAGCAGACUUUCUCUAUAACCAAGGGGGGCUGUCCAACAUGGGGAGGAGUCUCGCCCAAGAGAUGGGCCUGGGCGCAUCUCUGCCUCCUCCUGCUCUUCUCUCUCCACACUCUCAGCUGCAGAUCUCCGUCCCGCUGGCAGCUCAACUCCUCCCUCAGGCGGCCGCUGCCACACAAGGCCGAGGGUUCAGUCCAGUGGGCCAGUCUCUCAGACACACUCCUUCUCUGAUGCUCAUGAGGGGAAGCGCUGGAUUUCCUGAGUCAUCAAACCUGUCAGUAGACGCAGACGUUCCUGUCCGUCAAACGGUGGUGUCCCUGUACGACUACACGGCCAACCGCUCCGAUGAGCUGACGGUGCGGCGGGGCGAUCUCAUCAACGUGCUGUACAAAGACAACGACAGCUGGUGGUUUGGCCAGGUGGCCAGUGGUCAACAGGGUUACUUCCCCGCCACCUAUGUGGUGGACGAGAAGACUUUUGACGAGGAGCUGUCACAGGUCAUUGAUGCACAGCCCAUGAUCCAGCAGGAGGGGGCGCUGUCAGAGAGAGCAACACCGACCAGGAUGUCAGCAGCCAUCAGUGGCUCGGGUGAGCUGAGGAUCCUCUCUGAGCAAGACACCGAGCCGGAGCAGUCCUCGAGCAGACUUAAAGGCAAGAAGAUGAUGAAGAAGAAGGUGAAAAGGCGGGAGGCCGUCACGGCAUCCUCUGAUUCUGAGGGCCCGCGGACAGGAAGCCGCAGGAGGAGGCCCCUCCCACCAUUAGGGAAGUCCAAUGAGGCUUUUGAACCCGACCCCAACUCCACAGGGGCGGGGCCACAAUAAGGUGAUGAGUGAGGGUGACGCCUCUGAAUCGCUAUGCCUCCAAAAACUGUUCCCCCUCUCAGGACACCAGACAUUUAUUUUUUAAAUAUUUUUUACUGUACAACUUUGUCUGAAGAUUUAGAAAAUGUAGUCAACGCACACUAUGACAAAUUGUAGGUAAGCAUUAAUUUGUUCUUUAAAAAGUAAGGAGCUUUAUUUACAAACCUGCUGGCCGGUGAUAGACAGGUCUUAAGAUGGAAGGAAGAUAUUUGGACUUUUAAUAGAUUUCAUACAAGAACAGUUGAGAGGAAGUAGUAAUGGUACCACAGGUUCCUCAGAAACACUGAGUUUACAGCAUGGAUGUGGGCAUUGUGUCUACUCUGGGUGGCGCUGUUGAAUUCAUAUUUGAGGGACAUCACAGAAAGUAUCAGGAAGGGUGGGCUUCACUGAACUCCCAGCUGAAGGGCCGAGCCUACAGGUAAUAUGGUUAUGAAUGUGUGCUCACUUGUGUGUUUGGCCAACUUAAAUUAAAAGUAUUUUUGUACCAAAUGAAGAUUUUAUGAGUAGUGUUGCCAAGAGAUCUGCUUUAUUCUUGCAUACAUGAUUUUUGUAGGAUGUAUUUUGUAACCGUCUGUGUCAAGUGUUCUGUUUAAUACUAUUUAUAUGUGAAUACAUAUCAUUUGUUUAAAACUAUGUUCAUGGUCUGUAUCAUAUCAACAUGCAUAUAAAUAUGUGUACUUCUAAUCUACACUAUAUGUGUACACUAAAAUAUUUGAAGUCA